GGGGUCGAAGCAAGAGGAGGUCUCUCCUUUCCCAAAAGAAAAAAAACGGAGAAGGGGGGAGAAAAAAAAAGAAAGGUCUACACAGGAAAAAAGGUGGUCCCACUCCGAAAACACCGUUUCCAAGCAGGCGGUCUCAAUUUCAUACUUUUCUUUUCGUAUCGCGUCGUCUCUGUAGCGAUACAAACAAGUUAACAACCAUUAUUCUUGCACUCAACAUGUUCAAGUUAGCAAAUACUAAGACGAUGCUGUCUUUCUAGCCGGAUUAAAGUUUUAGAAAUGCGGUAAAAUGGAGAGAAGAGCUGAAACUGGAGUGAAGAGGCUGGCUCUGGGAAUCUCGCCUUCUUACUCCCACUAUCGCCCGUAAGAAAAUCCCUCUUAAGAUUUACUCUUGCAAAUUUCACACGGACCGGAUUUAAGGCAAUUCUGGGCUGCUGUUUGGAGGGGUAACUAACUGUGAGCCUGUCCCUUUGUGGCGUUUGCCGGUGUGGCCCUGCACCGUGCGCUGAUUAGAUGUUACCUGGGAGCUGAGGAUGUGCUGCUGGCACCAGGAAGGAAGGAUUUUGAUGUAAUGGGGUGCAGGACGAGCAAAGUCCUCCCAGAGCCACCCGCUGAUGUCCAACUUGACCUAGUCAAAAAGGUAGAGCCGCAUCAGACCGAUGUCUAUAAAAACUUCAUCAAAAGUGAUGGUGGCGGGGAAAAAACAGGCUCGCCGUCCCCUCAGGGUCAAAGCCAGGCUGCUGCGAAGGUGAGCAAGUCCCCUCCUCCGGCAAACGGCCAGCCGGAGCCUGCUGACCCACACCGGAAAAAAGUAGCCAAAUACAGGGCCAAAUUUGACCCUCGAGUGACCGCCAAGUACGAUAUCAAAGCUUUGAUAGGCCGGGGCAGUUUCAGCCGGGUGGUACGAGUGGAACACCGGAGCACGCGGCAGCCGUACGCCAUCAAGAUGAUCGAGACCCGCUACCGUGAGGGCAGAGAAGUAUGCGAAUCUGAACUUUGCGUGCUGCGACGGGUGCGCCACACCAACAUCAUCCAGCUGAUGGAGGUGUUCGAGACGGCUGAGCGGGUCUACAUGGUGAUGGAGUUGGCCACCGGCGGGGAACUGUUCGACCGUAUCAUCGCCCGUGGCUCUUUCACCGAAAGGGAUGCCACGCGGGUGCUGCAGAUGGUUCUCGAUGGGGUGAAGUACCUCCAUACGUUGGGCAUCACGCACAGGGACCUGAAGCCUGAAAACUUGCUUUACUACCAUCCAGGUGCUGAUUCCAAGAUCAUGAUCACAGAUUUUGGCUUGGCCAGCACGCGGAAGAAAGGAGACGAAUGCCUGAUGAAGACUACCUGUGGAACACCCGAGUACAUCGCUCCGGAGAUACUCGUGCGAAAGCCCUACACUAAUGCAGUAGACAUGUGGGCGCUGGGAGUCAUCUCCUACAUACUGCUCAGUGGAACCAUGCCUUUCGAGGAUGACAAUCGUAUGCGCCUGUACCGACAGAUCCUCAAAGGGAAAUACAGCUUCUCCGGGGAGCCAUGGCCAAGUGUUUCCAACCUUGCUAAGGACUUCAUUGACCGUGUUCUCACGGUGGAUCCCACCGAGCGUCUGACUGCGGGCCAGGCGCUUAAACACCCUUGGAUCGUCAGCAUGGCUGCUUCCUCCUCCAUGAAGAACCUGCAGCGCUCCAUUUCCCAGAACCUCCUGAAGAGAGCGUCAUCACGCUGCCACAGCACCAAAUCGGCACAGUCCACUCGCUCCAGCCGCUCCACCAAGUCCAGCAAGGCACGCCGCGUUCGCGAGAAGGAGCUGCGAGAGCUCAACCGCCGUUACCAGCAGCAGUGUAACGGCUGAGAGCGACAGCAAGACCUGACGAAAAACAUCAGAAAGAGCAGAACAACAUUGUGCCUCAGUUUAGAUGUCAACUUCCUGCUCCAUCACCACAGAGCCAAUUAGCAGAAAACCUCCUUCUAAACUUUUCGUUCGUUUUCUAUUUUUUCUGCUGUUCCUCUUGCGUUCAUAUCUUUUUAUGUGAGUGUUUUAUUUAUUUAUUGUUGAUGUAUUUUCAUGUGUAUGUUGUCUUUGGAAAUGAUCUCAUUCAGCCUUUUACCUGAUUGUAUCUGUUGAACAGAAUUGUACAAAAGUUGCUGGAAGGACUAAGAAUACACCUUCCUGAUUUUUGCUGUGAAUUAUCUGUUACGGUACCCAGCCUGAAGAUUGCUCUUCUGAUGGGGGAAAUGUGCUGUUUAUUCAUUAUUAGCAACAAAUCACAUGACGUUGUGAUAGUUUAUCGUGCCUUCAUAUCACUUUGAACAUGAUGGAAACGUAAGAAUGAAGUAGUUGGUAAUUGCUUUGGAAGUAACCACGUAUUAUAUCACAUUUGUAAUGAUACACACGUUGUAAUCUUUUAAUAUUGUGCCUGGUUAUUUAUGAGCCUUAAAGGGGUACUUCACACAAAUAUGAAAAUUCUGUUUACUCAUGAAAAGAUAUCGUACGAACAAAAAACUGUUCUUCAAAAUGAGUCCAAGUCAGCGGAAAACAGCAGCAGACCUCUGACUUUAAUUGAACGGCCAGAAAAAAAACACUUUUUUUCACAAUAUGCAGAAGUCAAACAGGUUUAGAAAUUGCAUGAAGAAUAAAAAAGGUAAUCGCAAGUCUUUUAUCUAACAAUUUGGCAUUUUUAUAUUUACGAAUUGUGAGACAAGAUAAAAUCAAAUCAAAAUUGCAAAUUCAGACUACUUUGUCAGAAAUGUGAUUUUAUAUCUUUAUAUUAAAAUGUUUCAGUUACCUUCAUUUUUCAUUCUGUGGCAGAAACAGGCUUUUAUUUGAGGGUGAUAUAAGAAUGUCAGAAUUCUCAUUUUUGGGUGAACAAACCCUUUAAAUUGGUCCAAAAAAACUAAAGAGCUCUAAGGGUGUGACGAUUAGCGGAUGAUUAUAAGGAUGAUCACUUUGAUGAUUUGGAAAAUGACCAUGAACCGUAUGUUACACUAUAGGCUGAAUGGGAAACAACUGUUUUCUAUUCCUAUUUCUGCUACCCUACUAAUAUGGGCCCUAAUGUUAAAAUCAGUCGUUAAAACCUGUUGGAAAAAUACACCGAAAACUAGUCCAAGAUUUGGCUUUAAGAUUUGGUCGGUGAACAAACCUGCCGUGAGUCUUGAUUUUUUGGAUCUGUCUGUACGUGUGUCGCAGUAAUUAAUCAUACUAACUGAUAUUGAUUGCUCUCUCAGUAUGGGCGGCCAGUAUCGGGAAGUCCUGAAUCAGAAUCUGUUACUUUGUCUGUCACCAGCUGUUGUGCCUUGAGCAAGGCACUGAACCACCAUGAAGGCCUUUUGGCAGCCUCCUCACCCUCACCCCCCUCUGUCAGAAACGAGUAGAGAUGUGCCAAAGAAAUUCCUGUGUGCCUGUAUUAACAAGGAACAUUUGGUGAGAUCUGAAAUAUGAUUCCUCUUGAAAAUAAUUACUGUUAAGACUGUGAUGAUAUGAGGACUUCUCAAAAUAUGUUCUUAAAUCUGUUCUUUGUUUUGUUUUUUUCAAUCUUAUAUAAAAAAUUAGGGAGAAAAAGGAUUUUGUGUAUUUGAGUUGCGUCCCGUUUCACAGCAAGUGCCUUGAAUUUAUUUUACAACUACAAAAAAAAAAAAUUCAGCACCACAUUGGUAACAGUAUUAGGGUACAGAAAUAUUUUUGUUUGUCAGUUUCUUCCACGUUCUCUUAAUUUUAAGCUUGUGUAACUUAGAAUAAUACUUUUUUUUUAAUUACAUUUAUUGGUUAAAUUGAACGAUUUUUGAGGGUUCAUAUGUGAGUGUUAAGGCUGUCAUACAUGUUCAUUUUAGUAUCCACUAAAAUAUUUAAUUAACAAUCAGAGAAGACUUUGGGAAUACCACUGUUUUUAUAUGCCUUUAUACCCCAAAUAUUUUUCCUUCUCAAGAAAAAAGCUAUUUUAUAUGUGCUUGUUAAAAUUUAUCUGAUCUUCUAGCACGUCAAAUUGAGAUUAGUAAAGAAAAUGCUUUUAAAAGGGGCGUAUUUAGAGUAUCACCAACAUUCAUGUAAGGGAUAUGUGUUUCUAGCUGCAGCUGAAAUAAAACUGCAACUGUUGUCCAUUUGUUGAAUUCAAUCCAACACUGUCUCAAAGUAAGUGUUUUAUUCCUUGUCGAUUUUAAUAAAGAACAAUUAUAGAA